AAUAAUAUUUGUGGUCGGGGUUACUUCACAAGUGACAGUUCACGCCGAGGUUCCUUUGGGUCUCAGAAGUUCCCUACUCUUGCUCCCAGGUGUGUUUGGAUGACUGAAAGCUUCAUACAGAAACUGAAAUCCCUUGCCACAGUAUUAAGUCUUCUAUGCACUAGGAGUGCGUACAUCUCAGCAUGCACUCUUCUUUACUGGAGAUCUGUUUCCAACAGUCACCAUGACAGCCGUGCGCUCAUCCCGUGAGUUCGAUGACUACUGGAAUGAGUUUCGUGAUAUAGAACAGAGUAAAGCACAGGAUGAGUUGACAGAUGAAGACGCUUCUAAAACCCCAGAUGAGGGGGAGCAGGAGCUGGCCUGGCUGCGGGAGGCAGGUUUCAAGGGUCUCGCCACAAAGUACGAAGAAGGAAACGAACUCGAGGAUCACGUGUUACUGCAGGCCACCCAGUCCCUGACACGGUCGCAAGCAGCAGCCGUCAAAAAACGCGUUGACACGUUGAAUGCAACGCUGAAGAAACGACAAUUCAAUUAUGCUGACAUGAGAGAACUGUUUGUAGAAAAGGGUCAACAACCUUCUGAUCAAGAUGGCACUCAAAGGCACUCCAAACGGACGCAUGUCAAAAAGCGUUCCUUAAAACGAGGACAUCAGUACUCCAUGACAGGAGAGGUGGAGGAGGCGGAGGGCGGAGCCUUAACACAAGACCAUCCAGGUAUUGAGACGCUCAGUAUCCAAUCUCGUGCCAGUCCAAUGCAUAUUAUAACACAGCAGGAAGAAGAGCCAGAGGAGGAAACUGGAGAGAGAUUGUCAAGAACCGUCUCCGACUCUGAGGUGAAAUUGAACUUUAAGACUGACGACUCAUCAGAUGUGACGUCAGAUUCUUCUCUGAACUUCAGUAAUGACAGCGUGACAGAAGAAAGUGAAGGAAUGCCAAACUAUGUCUUGGUCCAAGAUGAACUCGGGGUCACAAAGAUUGACGACGUUGGUCCUGAAGAUAAAGAGAAGAUACGCGCUCUUGCCUACAUAGAGUUGACAGCUUUGUUUGACAUCUAUAACAUUUUAUUUACACCAAUUAAAAGUAAAGUUAAAGGUCAACAACCUUCUGAUCAAGAUGGCACUCAAAGGCACUCCAAACGGACGCAUGUCAAAAAGCGUUCCUUAAAACGAGGACAUCAGUACUCCAUGACAGGAGAGGUGGAGGAGGCGGAGGGCGGAGCCUUAACACAAGACCAUCCAGGUAUUGAGACGCUCAGUAUCCAAUCUCGUGCCAGUCCAAUGCAUAUUAUAACACAGCAGGAAGAAGAGCCAGAGGAGGAAACUGGAGAGAGAUUGUCAAGAACCGUCUCCGACUCUGAGGUGAAAUUGAACUUUAAGACUGACGACUCAUCAGAUGUGACGUCAGAUUCUUCUCUGAACUUCAGUAAUGACAGCGUGACAGAAGAAAGUGAAGGAAUGCCAAACUAUGUCUUGGUCCAAGAUGAACUCGGGGUCACAAAGAUUGACGACGUUGGUCCUGAAGAUAAAGAGAAGAUACGCGCUCUUGCCUACAUAGAGUUGACAGCUUUGUUUGACAUCUAUAACAUUUUAUUUACACCAAUUAAAAGUAAAGUUAAAAUUAAAGAACAAGGUUUAUUCGGUGUUCCACUUCACACCUUGCAGCAUGAAGAUAGAGGGCAGCACGUGGGAGUUCCACUUAUAUUCAAACAGAUUAUUUCUUUCCUGGAAAAAAAUGCACUAGAAAUGGAGGGGAUACUCAGGGUCCCAGGAUCUGCCGCUAGAAUCAGAAACCUCCGACAGCAAAUUGAAGACACAUUUCCCAGUGGAGAGUUUAGCUGGAAUGACGUCCGUCCUAACGAUGCUGCUGCACUAUUAAAACAAUUCCUGCGUGAGCUUCCAGAGCCUCUGCUAACCAAUCAGUGUACAGAUGCUUUCGCUCAGGUUCAAGCUAUUUCAGACAAGAAACAACAGCUCCAGGCUCUCAACCUGCUGAUCCUGCUGCUACCAGAUGUCAACAGAAGCACACUUAAGCUUCUGCUGCAGUUUCUCCACCAUGUCAUAGAUCACAAACAACAAAACAAAAUGUCCCUUGCCAAUGUGGCCAUGAUCAUGGCACCCAACUUGUUUCUUGUCCAGUCCCACUACAAACACAAAGAUCUCAAGGAGCUGGAGACCCAGAGAGCAGCCAGCAUGUCUAAUAUAGUGAAAAUGUUGAUCCGGUACCACCACAUCUUGUGGACAGUACCCUCUGUGAUGCUGAUGCAGGUUAGACACCAGUAUGAGAUGGAGCAACAGAAGAAAACCAAAGACAAAUCUAUUAUGCAGUUAUUUGGAGGAAAGAAGGACAAAUCUGAGGUAUACAAGAAGAUUUCCAGUGAGGCUGAAUUCAAAGAAGGCAUCAUAAGAGUGCAGGCACCUGGCUUGACUAAGAACAGCACAGCAGUCCAGUUAGAUGAAAACAUGACAGCAGGAGAAAUUGUUGCCAAGUUUAAGAGGAAAACAAGUUAUGAUGUCACUCCCCAGAGGAGUUCUAAAGGUGCUGUGUAUGCCCCACCCAGAGGAUGUGCCAACCCCAUGAAUGUCACAUUUGCCAUGGACAACUCAUAUCUUUAUGAAUGUGGAGGAAAUAUUGGUGAACGCCGUUUGGACAACAAUGCCAACAUGCUGGCACUGUACAAAGUGAAUCCUAACGCCGAGUGGAUCAUCAAAGACAUUCCAGUCUCAAGAAUGCAGUAGGUGUGACAUUCCCCAAUUGUGUUGGUU